GGGGCGGCGCCGCUUCCGCGGGGCGGCUCCGCCAUGGCCGCGGGCCGCUCCCCGCCCACCUUCCUGCUGCUGGGGGCGGCGGGCGGCGGCAAGAGCCUGCUGGUGCGGCGGCUGCGCCAGCUGAGCGCCGAGGAGCCCGCGGAGCUGGGCGAGCCCCCGGCCACGCUGCCCACGGUGGGCACCAACCUGACGGACCUGCGGCUGCCGCGGAGGGUGACCGUGCGGGAGCUGGGCGGCUGCAUGGGCCCCAUCUGGCCCAGCUACUACAGCGAGUGCAGCGCUCUCCUGUUCGUGGUGGAUGCCUCCAACCCCAGCCAGGUCUCCUCGUCCUGCAUCCAGCUGCUCUCCGUCCUCUCCGCAGCGCCGCUCGCCUCUGUGCCCGUCCUGGUGCUCUUCAACAAGAUCGACCUGCCCUGCUACAUGUCGCUGGUGGAGAUGAAGUCGCUGUUCCGCAUGCAGGACAUCGUGUCCUGUGCCACGCAGCCCAUCACCAUGCUGGAGACCAGCGCCCGCGACGGCACCGGCCUGGCUGAUGUCCUGCAGUGGCUUCGCAGCGCGCUCAGGGAGCCCUGCUGAGCCCGGCCCUGCAGCCCAGCACCGUCCUGGCAGGUGGCAAGGGGGCCGCUGCCCCGCCUGGGACUGGGAGCAGAGCCCGGGACAGUGCCUUGGGCUGUUGAUGGACUGGAUCCUGUGGGACUUCACAGUAAAACUCCCACCACACUGUCCA